UCGCCCAUCUGGCUGCCAUAUAGAGUCCAUGGGCACGAUUUUACGUUGUGUUCGGCCAUCUUCUACCAGUAGAUUCCUGCCCGAGCUCAUUUCCGAUUCGGCCUCGUCCCGCAUACCCGACCAACCUACCAUGCUCGGCGGUUUCUACGCGCACACGAUCAGCGAGGCCCAGCGCACGACGCCCAAGGACCGACUGACGCAGCGCCACGGGCCCGAGGGCCGCCUUCGCACGGGCACGACCGACUCGAACGACUCGUCCAUGCACACGCACGGGUCGGGCCCAGACGCCGCCAUCUACUACGAGUACAAGCCGUCGUUUCGCUUCUGCCUCGACACGAUGAUCGUCGAUCUCAUCAAGAGCGUCGACGGUGGCGUCACCCAGCACGAGAAGCCGCGCCGUGUCCACCACGAAGCGGUCGACCACCAAAAGCCCGUGAUGCGCAUGACGUACUCGGGUGGCAUCUUCACGUAACCGCCCGUUGGACCUCCUAUAUUUAUGUAAAUUAAACAUUUCUGCCCACACAAUAUCGCG